AAGCUGCUGGACGUCGUUUUGGUUCCACCAAUCCAUUAGUCAGCCGUAGUCACUAGUCAGUGCCAAGGAACCAAAACCGGAGACAUUACGAUCCUGGAAAUCCUGACCGGCGAAUACAUCAGCCCAAACACUCUGUGAUUCGAAGAAAGCCUGAAUCCUUUCGGUCUUUGACUUCUCCUAUGGCCCAAAUCCGAAGAUCUCAGGCGUUCUUGACACUAUGGGGGAAGAAAUUGUUAGAAUCGUUGCACCUGUAUCGCUCUGUAUGGUUUUGGUUGUAAUCCUGGUCUCAAUUCUUAAUAGCAGCUCUUCUUCACAAUCGAUCUCAAGCAUAGCCACCAUAGCAUAUAAUGAGACCAGCACAGACUCUUCCUGGGACAAAUUCGUAGCAGUCCUGCUGCCUAUUGGACCACUAAGGCUUUUGGUGGAGCUUGCAAUAUCGAGAGACGAAGAAAUCCCAGCAUUGGUUUAUGAGGCUAGGCCAGUAAAUUCUGAAAAUGUAGACCCAAGGGUUGGUGUGACUCAGAGGCGGGUAUGGAGGGAUAGGAGGAUUGAGAAUUCAAAUCAUCAAACUGAUUCCAACCUGAGUGAUGGAUCCAACCCCACUCUGAAUGCCAAUUCUAUUUUGAAUUCAAAUUUAAAUGGCAGUAAUUCGGAUGGAACUCACAAUGCAGCAAAUAUGGUUAUGGAAAAUGCUGUCUCGAAUCCAAGUUUUAAUUCUAAUACUUCUUAUGGCAUCUGUUCUGACAGAAGUUUAGUCAAAGCGGAAGAAGGACAAAUUCAGGAAACUGAUUCAGAGCUUUCUGCUCCUCUACUUGAUCAUGGGAUGAAUGUCCAGUUAAAUACAGCAGCAGAAGCAGUGUCAAAUGAGAAUUUGAUGUUAGAGGGAAUGGGACUGGCGUCAUCUGGUGCAAUCAAGUUAGGGUUGGGAGAUUUCAUCUUCUAUAGUGUUUUGGUUGGCAGGGCAGCAAUGUACGAUUUUAUGACAGUAUAUGCAUGCUAUCUUGCUAUUAUUGCUGGUCUGGGAAUCACUUUGAUGUUUUUGGCACUAUAUCAGAAAGCCCUCCCUGCUCUUCCAGUCUCAGUAACAUUGGGAGUGUUGUUUUAUUUUUUAACCAGGCUCUUGCUUGAGGUAUUUGUGGUAGAAUGCUCCUUGAAUCUCUUGAUGUUCUAAAUAAAGUUGACUAUAUUACUUGAAUUUGGAAGUUGACUAUGAAAUAUAUUCUAUCAUUCCAUGAAUAUAUACUACGUUUAAAAUUCUGUGCUUAA